AUGGGCCACCUGCGCACCAAAACCAUGAGGAAGGCAGGCUGGGUCAUCAUUAAGAAACACUGCAUUCACCUGGGCAAUGACUUCCACACCAACAAAUGCACAGGCAAGGGGACCACCAUUAUUCCCAGCGAGAAGCCACGCAAUAAGACAGCAGGCUAUGUCACACAUCUGAUGAAGCAGAUUCAGAGAGGCCUAGUUACCUCCAUCAAGCUGCAGGGGGAGGAGAGAGAAAGGAUGGAUCAUUAUGUACCUGAGUUCUCAGCCUUGGAUCAGGAGAUGGCUGAAGUAGAUCCAGACACUAAGGAAAUGUUGAAACUUUUGAACUUGGGCAGUCUGUCCAAACCGUAGGUUACCCAGCCUACAGGUGGGAUGGAUUUCAA